GGCUCCCGGGGCCGGGGUGCUCCCCUGCCCGCAGAGAUGGCGAGGGGGCGGCUGUCGGGGGGUGCCUGGGGGGCCCUGGUGCUGCUGGGGCUGAUGCUGCCGCCGGCGGGAGCUUGGUACAAGCACGUCGCCAGCCCCCGGUACCACACGGUGGGGCGAGCCUCGGGGCUGCUGAUGGGGGUGCGGCGCUCGCCCUACCUCUGGCGCCGAGAGGUACCGGCAGAACCCCCGCAGCCUCCCCCGGGACCCCCGCCAGCCCCGGGACCUCCGGGUCGCCCCGAUGGGGAGAGCGCGCAUCCCUCCCUGCAUCCCGCCCCGCAUCCCGCCCCGCAUCCCGGCGCCGGGCGCCUCCUGCAGCGCCUGCUCCGCCGGGGAUGGGGAUGGGGGGGGCCCGCCCGGCCCCCGCCCGCACAGCUUCUCCCACUCGAAGCCGUGGCUCUGAGCCACUGAAGGGGCUGGCGGAGAAGCUUCAGGACGGUUGGACUGCCCGAGGUGGAAACCGUUCCCCCUGGCUGGUAUGGAAGCGCCCCAUCAGUGGGUCCCUGGUACUUGGACCUCUCCGAAACCACACAGACAACUGCAUUCCAAAACUCCUGAUUUUUUUCAUGGCCGCUGCCCAGGCGCGGUGACAAAUUCAUCUCGUUUUCAGGUCAACCUCAUGCGAUGAACUUGGGGAGAAAUAAAAAGGGAAGAUAUUUAUUUUUGUUUAUUCUUUUUAGAUUUCUGUCCUGGCUCGUUUGCAGCACGGUCCAUCCCGGUGCUGGCGGCUCCCUGGGAACCUGCCCUCAUUAAAGUGAGAAUGGAUCAAAGGAGGCUUCGCCUGAAUCGUGC